AAAUGUGCUCGCUUGUGGUUUUGUGAAGCGCGGCGGUAAUUCGGCUUAAUUUGUGUUCAACUCCUGAAAGUCAACGCGGCCAAUUAAAACAUGGAGCAGCCGAUCUACACCACCAGGGCCCACGUCUUCCAGAUCGAUCCGACCACCAAGAAGAACUGGGUUCCUGCCAGCAAGCAGGCCGUCACCGUCUCCUAUUUCUACGACAGCUCCCGGAACAGCUAUCGCAUUAUCAGCGUGGAUGGCUCCAAGGUUAUCAUCAACAGCACCAUCACCCCCAACAUGACCUUCACCAAGACGUCACAGAAGUUCGGUCAGUGGGCCGACAGCCGGGCCAACACCGUGUUCGGACUGGGCUUCGCCUCAGAGCAACAGCUGUCGAAGUUUGCAGAGAAGUUCCAGGAAGUAAAAGAAGCAGCCAAGCUGGCGAGGGACAAAUCUCAAGAGAAGGGAGAGACGUUGAGUAAUCACUCUCAGGAGUCCGGGCGAGACACGCCUUCARCCGAGCAGGCGUCCAGCUUUAACGGGACGGACGAUGAGAAGAUCUCCCACGUGGGCCCAGAAGCCGCUCAGCUGAAGAGCGAAAACGAACAUCUGAAGUCCGUGGUGGAGCAGAGCAACACCAACACCAAGAAGUGGGAAACGGAGCUUCAGACGUUACGAGAGAACAACGCCCGGCUGGUGGACGCGCUGCAGGAGUCUUCGGCUAACGUGGAGAGCUGGAAGAAGCAGCUGAACGCCUGCAAGGACGAGAGCGACGCGCUGAGGCUAAAGAUUGCAGAGCUCGAGGCUCAGUGUAAUGACACCAACCAGGAGAGGCAGAGGAACUCUCAGCUGAGUGUCCGAGUGAAGGAGCUGGAGGCUGAGCUGCAGGAUAAGGAGCAGGAGCUGGAGAACCUGAGGAAGCAGGCGGAGAUCAUCCCUCAGCUGAUGGGCGAGUGUGAGAGCAUCACAGCCAAACUGAAG